CCCCCAGUAUCCAAUGGCGUCACGGAACGUUACUUUCUGACGUCACUGUCGAAAGUCUCGCGUUGCGCGAGAAGAGGCGUGACCGAAUGGCGGCGAUGAUAAUGUAAACAUUGACGUGACCUAAUUAAUUAACGUCAGGUUUAAUCUCACAUCAUGUCGGAGUCUCUCCUUACUCCACAAGCCCCAUUAGAUCUUGGCCGUCUAGAAAAACAAGCCAAGGAAAAUGGGACGAAAUAUGUGGCCAGCCUUUUACAGCGUCCAGACCAGUUGGAGAGGGUGGACCAGUAUCGUAGAAGGGUGGCAAGGAAAAAGGCGUCAGUAGAGACGAUGUUGAAAACGGCGGUACAGUCACAGCUUGAUGGAGUAAGGACAGGCCUGAACCAGCUACAAAGUGCCCUACAUGAUGUACAUGAAAUCAAGAAAAGUUUGGACCAGGUUGAUGAACAGUACAAGCGUAUGGGGCCGCUGCAGAAGAAAAUAGGGACAGUUUUAGAUGAAAAUCAAAAGUUCUGCCAGUUGGCCACAGCGAUGGAGAACUUGAAGCAUAUAUUUACAGUGCCAGAGAGUGUGAAGAAGACAGAAGAGUUGAUAAACGAUGGAAAACUGCUUUAUGCACAUAAACACCUGACGGAAUUAGAGACGGCCAGGGACGAUCUUCUUUUUGAGCUCCAUAAACAGCCCAACAGAAGUCCUACGGAUGACAAUACCCUGCAGAAGUAUUUUGCCGAUGUUGCCAAGUUGUCUGUGACCCUCGGUAAACAGUUAUGGAUCAUUCUGCAGCGCGUCCUCAUGUCCGUCAGGCGGGAACCAACCCUGAUUGUGACCGCUCUCAGGAUCAUCGAGAGGGAGGAAAAGUUGGACCAGAUAUCUUUUAAGCGGAAGGAGCAGACAGGAUUUAUGCCCCCUGACCGUCCCAAACGCUGGAAGGACAAGUGCUUCUCUGUCAUGGAGGAAUGGAUCUCAAACAGGAUUGAAGGUAAUCAGAUGGAGGAUCGUUCAGGCAACAAGAUGUGGCUGGUACGCCAUCUAGAGGUCACCAGGCAGAUCAUGCUAGAAGAUCUGAGAGUGGCCAAGACCCUCCUUCCGGCCGUGUUUCCGCCUUCGUACAACAUAGUGAACAAGUUUGUCUGGAUGUACCAUAACGGCCUAUCCAAACAUAUACAAGAGAUGAUAAGUCAACAGCUGGAGGGAAAUGAGUUUGUGUCCCUGCUUUCCUGGCUUAACAGUUACGACUCUCCGGAGCUGAUGAAGCACCCCUCACUGGAAAUCAACACAAAGGAUCUGGGGCCCCUACUGGAUGACAACCAGGUCAAACUACUACAAACGCAGUAUUUGACGUACAUGAAAGCCAAUAUCCAGGAAUGGACUGGAAACACGCUGAAAUCAGAGCAGAAGGACUGGUGCCGAGAUGAGGGACCGGAUCAAGAUGGGGAGGGAUUCUACAACACAUCGCUGCCGGUCAUCAUCUUCCAGAUGAUUGAACAAAAUAUUCAAGUAGCCAUGGUGUUAGGAAAGGACAUUGUCAUAAGCAGUCUAGAACAGUUUGUGGAGGUGCUUAGUGACUUUGCUGAGCAGUUGAAAGGGGUGGUAGUGAUUUACAAAGACAGACAUCUAAAUGACAGGAGGGAACCCAAGUUUUACCUCCACUAUUUGAUAGCAACUUGUAACAACCUGCUGACAUUUGGUGAGUAUAUGAAGCAGCUACGUAAACGCUAUUUGAAGAACGAGUAUGACAAAGAAGAUGAUGACGAAACAAACAGUCGCAACGACAGAUUUCUGGUUUUGAAAGACACUUUCAACAAAAUAGCUGCAGCGGUGGUUGAAUACAUUCUGGAUGAAGUAUUAAUUGAUUUGAAAAACCAUGAACACUGCUUUAACGAACUAAUGACCAAAAAUUGGCAGCAAACUGGACAAGCUAUUGAGGUGAUCGUAGCGACCUGGCACGACUAUGGGACAGACUUUGUGCACCUCAAACCUAACCUGGAAAAACAACUCUACCAGAAGGCCAAGAAAAUUAUCCUGAAGGAAUAUUUAAAGGCCAUCCUCUCAAAGAAGCUGACUUUUAAGCAGUAUGAGGAGAGGAAAAACGCGGCUGAAAAAAUGAUAAAAGAGUCGGAGCAACUGGAGUUUAUGUUUCAGAAGUAUAAAGAAGAUGAGGAGGUGACCUUUGCCAUUCUUCCAAUGAUGGCUGAGAGUCUCAAGUUAAAGGACACGUCCAUGCUUUCCCUGGAAAUAGCAGGCAUGAUGAAGCGGUUUCCGGACAUCCGCCUUGACCAGAUGAUCAACCUAUUGUUGUGCCGGGGAGAUAUGAGCCGGUCUGAGGCUCGCCAAAUGGUUAUUGAAACUGUUGGAGAAGAAAAGGCUCAACGCUCAGUAAACGUUGGGAUUUUCCAUGAACUUUUUAAUGAGAUGAAGUAGAUGGUGAUUUUGGAGACUGAAAGAUGUUUAUCGAGAUGUAAGAUAUGGCUUUGAAUUUGUUGCAGCUUUCAUAUGAAAUACUAGGAGUGGGGUCCAAGAUAGGAGUUGAAAUCAAUUGAGGAAAAACUCGCUUAAUUUUGAAAAAUUGAGCGAAAAUUGAGUUAUUUCUUUUCAUGAUGAGUAAAAUUAAACUUUCGAAUAGAAAAAGGAUAAACUUAGACCCCCAUUUUUUAUAGUUUAUUUCUUUUGAUGAUGAACUCUCAAACUGAAAGAUGAUAAAAUUAGGCCAGAUUUGUUAAAUUGUAUGUUUGACAUCUCCUGACUGACUCACAAAAACACCCUCAACCAAGUUUAUUUUUUAACCUUUGUGGUUGUAUUUUAUUUUUUUUACCACUGAAUGAAGGGGUUAGGAAGUACCGGUAAAAAUAAAUAUGUGGGUAUGGAAAGGUCAAAUAAGGUGUUUAUUAACUUUGGUAUGUGGAGUACCUCUGAUAUUAUUAAAAUAUUGCCACAAUUGGUACUCUCUGAAUUGAAUACUGUUGAGUAAUUCAUUAUUUAGGUAGAGUAAAAUACACAAAUAACAUUAUCAAAAUCAGAAGAUAUAUUCUAGUCCUUAAUCAGAAUUAGAUAAAAAAAGAGUAGAUUAUGAAUGAGAGACAGUCAAACUGUUGUUCUAAAGAAUGUUAUAUGAGUAUUCAACAUUGUAAAUGGAAUAAUUCAGAUGUGGUUUGCUGUAAAGUGCUAUUGAAAAUAUGUAUUUUUUUUGCUUUACAAUUGUAUACUUUGUUCUCCAAAAGAUGUGCAAUAAAUAAACAUUAUAUAAUUAUA